UCCGGGCCGGUUCGUCCGGUUCGGUUCGGAUUGGGGACCUCUAAAAACAAUAUUCCAAAGCGUUAUCGCCAUAAAAUACAUAAACCUAUCGUUUCUCCCUCAUCACUCAUCCAUGGCCGACGAAAUCCUCCACGAUUUCUUCCCUAUGCUAAGAGUCUACAAAAAUGGCAGACUCGAGAGGCUUAUGGGCGUAGAUGUCGUCCCUCCAUCUCUAGAUCCAGCCACUGGAGUCCAAUCCAAAGACGUCGAAAUCGCGCCGGAAAUCAACAUCUCCGCCCGGAUUUACCUCCCGCCCAACGCCGACCCCACCAAAAAGCUCCCGCUCCUCGUCUACUACCACGGUGGUGGCUUCGUCAUCGAAUCCGCCUUCUCCGCUCAGUACCACAAGCACCUCAACCACUUAGCCGCGCUAGCAAACGUCGUCGCCGUCUCGGUUAAUUACCGAUUAGCCCCCGAAUUCCCGCUCCCGAUCGCGUUUGAGGAUUCAUGGCGCGCUCUCAAAUGGAGCGCCGAGGGAAAGGACGAGUGGAUCAACGAAUUCGCGGAUCUGAACCGUGUCUAUUUAGGCGGAGACAGCGCGGGGGCCAAUAUCGCCCACAACGUGGCGAUGCGGGUCGGGUCGGAGAAGCCGGACGGGUUCAAUUUGAGAGGGAUUUUCCUCAAUUGCCCCUUCUUCGGGGGCGUGGAUCCGAUUGGGAGCGAAACGACGGAGGUGUUCAAGGCUGGAAAGGAAUUGAGUGAGAAACUGUGGCGAUUUGCUUGCCCAAGCUUUAGGAACAGCGACGCAGGAUGGGUGAAUCCGGGUAAGGAUCCGAAGAUAUCGGGGUUGGGUUGUGGGAAAGUGCUGGUUUACGUUGCGGAGAAAGAUUUUCUUAAGGAUAGAGGGUGGUAUUACAAGGAGGUGGUGAGCAAUUGUGGGUGGAAGGGAGAAAUCGAGUGCGUUGAGGUUGCGGGUGAAGACCAUGUUUUCAGUGUGAUUGUUUCGGAUAAUGAGGCUGGAAUUGAUAUGAUUAAAAAAGUGGCUUCUUUUAUUAAUAACUAAAUGUGAGUAUUAAUGUUUGAACAUUGAAACUGAAAUACAAAUAAGGCUGUUUAUUA